AUGUCAUGGCCGUCGGACUAUAUAACGCGCCCUCUACCAGCGGGCCUUCAUCUCUCCACAGCACUACACCUCCCCCCUCAACAGCACCGACAGGCUCCACAAAGAGUAUACCUCAAUAACAACAGCGGCUCUACUCUCACCAUCAUGGCCAACGCUACUCAGAGCGUGGCACCCUUCCGCAUCGAGCCUUGGACCGACAGUCUAUUCGUACCCCUUCCGACUUUCAUCCACAGGACACUGCGCUCGAUCUCCCAGGCGACAAUGCCAGACCGCAAGUGCUUUAACGAGGAGCUUAUUAAUACCCUCGUUUCUCUCCCUUUUGAGUUGGCCGCUAUCUCGGCGUUCGGUCCCCAGUGGUACGUAGACAUGGUUGAACACGCGAGGUCUCCCGAGGACAACGUACCGGGGGUCUUGCCCGACGUGGUGAAACGGUGGGCAGAUAUUCAACAAGUCAUCUCCGGGUCGGAUUCCCGCUAUUUAGCUGUGGUACCCCGAGGGUGGGCCUCCAGUAUGGAGGCGAGCUAUCUGCAAAAGCUUCGACUACGACUUAUUCAAGAGGUCGAUAGCGAAACCAACAAGAGACCGUCUAUUGACCAAGGCAGCGGCUUCGAUCCAUUCUUCAGGAUCCCGGUUUUCUAUCAAAUCUUUGACAUACUAGCGUAUACACACCGCAACCACGAGACAUCCUUCGAGAUGCUUCGGGCUGCGGCUGAGGCAGGUUUUGCCAAUAUAGCAUGGAUGAUGACCGAAAUUUUCGUCGACCUUUGUCCGACGUGUCAACGAACUGCUGCGAACAACGGGGACCUAGUGACCGACCAUCCUUCGUACUUCGUCCUGCACGGUGGCCAUAAUCUGAACGCAGACUCCGGGUCGUAA